AUGACACUCAGCAAAAAAACAACAAGGGAAGAAUUACCCUGCACAGGAACAACGGUGCCAGAGCACACAAUGCCACCUUCCAAGCAACUAAAUAUAUCGGAGUCAGCUAAACAAAAAAAAAUGGAACGCCACCGAGAAAAUCAAGAUGGCGACGAUGCCUCUACAAUGUCGGACGGCCAAUCUGACUAUGAAACAAGUUCUGCUAAAUACUCAGAAUCUCCUGUGAUGGAGCGUAGCCUUCACAAGAUGCUACAAGAGCUCAGAGCUGCAAUCACAGCAGAUUUUUAG